AUGAUGAUCUCUCAAGCAGGUACAGCCGCAGACGCGCGGGAGAUGUUCAGGAAGCAGUUUGCAUUAAUGUCAUUACGUUGUGUCGUGUUGCAGGUUGAGAAGAUCAACCCUCCCAUUUGCCCCGCCGGCGGUGCUGGCCCACCGUCCACACGAGCAGCCCCCGACCCCGUCCCCGAGAUUUUUGCCGGGUCCACCGAUUCUACAGGGUUCACGGAGAGCACGCCGAUAAUAUGUAGAAUGAUGCAGGUACUUCGAACUGCGUCAAAUGGUGGUCAGAUGGCCUUGUCGUAUCGGAAUGUUCUUGUGACAAACCAGUAUAUCAACGAGAGCUCGGCACCAUCGGCAGUCACGGCAAGCACAAGCCUGUUGCCAUUUCGACAAAGCUCUUCUCCAACUCUCAGCGGGAUCAUGAAUUAUUACACACCCCCGGCCCCGUCUUCCAGGGUCCGGAAUUCUCAUCGCGACGGAGGCUACUCCCGGAGCCGGGCUGGGCUGGCCCGUCAGACUGCCACAACCGCCUCCAACUUCUCUAGCGAUGUUAAUGGUAGUACAACAUGCUCUAUUCAGCAGUCAUUCAAGCGGACAUCUCGAUGGUCACCGCGGUGCAGCCUCCACUACAUAUCUACCGGUCCGGCUUUCGACCGCGAGAAGUACGGAAAGCCGGCCUACCUGAGUGCCUAG